AUUUUAUUCUGACCCGGAAGUUAAUACUUAAUGACGCGGGUAAUUCUGACUUGAAGAUCAGUAAAUGUGCUGUUGGCUUUCCCGUGUUUUUUUCCCUGGGGCCUGGAAUAAGGUUUCCCCAUGGGAUAGAUAAAGUAUCAUAUGUGUCUCGCUUAUGGUGAAGCCGUUCGCGAAAAGCGGUGGGAUGCCUCCCGUGUCUGAAGUGCAGAUUGCAGUGCCAGAGGAGGGCGCUGGCGGGCUGUCCAGGGCAGAUUGCCUCUGUCCGGUCUGUCUGGAGAUCUUCCUGGAGCCAGUGACGCUUCCCUGUACUCACACUUUCUGCAAAUCCUGUUUUCUGGAAACGGUGGACAAGUCCAACAUGUGCUGCCCACUUUGCCGCAAGCGUGUUUCCACAUGGGCCAGACUUAAUAGCAGGAAAAAGACCCUGGUGGAUAUGGACCUGUGGCAGCGCAUACAGAAUGCCUUUCCUGAGCAGUGCCAGAGAAGAUUGAGUGGACAGGAGGAUGACUAUUCAACCAUACUAAUAGCAACACCCAAAGUGUGCCAGCCAGGAGAACUGCGAAGGGAGUAUGAAGAUGAGGUUAGCAAGGUGGAGAAGGAGAAACGAGCCCUGGAGGAGGACGAGCACCGGGCCAGUGAGGAGUACAUCCAGCGCCUGCUGGCCGAGGAUGAGCAGCGGCUGGCUGAGGAGAGGAGGAGGCAGGAGGAGAGCCAGCAGCAGGACGAGUGUCUGGCAAGACAGAUCAGCCAGCAGCUGAACCCUGAUCCAGGCUCUCAGAUGAACUCCCGACCUGUUGAAAUUUCCCCACCACAGAAAAAGAAACCUGGAGCCGGUGACAUACAAAAGUUUUUUGGUCCGGUCCGAAACAAACACACAAAUGCCUCAGAUUCCAGUCCCACCUCGAGCCUGUUGGCCAACAAGGAGAACAUCUGGAACAUUGAGGUGUCCAUCCUGUCGCCUCAGAGGAGCAACCCCUCGGCCAGCCACACCCUGCCCUCUCUGGACUACUACGGUCCGCCGGCCCAAAGCAGCAGCCGGCCUUUCCCCGACCACCUGUCCUCUUCGCCCUGCUCUCCUUCUUCCAUCUCCUCCUCUUUGUCCUCCUCCAACGAGUUUGAGCUCGCAGACAUCCAAAGCCCUGAGAAGAGCACCUCAUCGACCUCAGCCAAGAGGAAGAGCGGUGUGAUGGAGGCUGCCGAGGGGGAAGGGACCGGGGCGCUAACCCACAAAAGGCCCUGCACGGGCCCCUCGGCGGCGGUGGAGGCCCCGGGGCCCAGCAUGCUGCAGCAGCUGACUCAGCAGGAGGAGGAGCUGCAGGAGCGGCGGCGGCAGGAGGAGGAGGACCGGCGGCUGGCCCUGCAGCUGCAGCGCGAGCUGGACCGCGAGGAGCGCAGCCGCGCCACCGACCGCAGCAAGAGCUCCAGCGACCCCUACGAGCUGCGCCAGAAGACCCCGCGCUCAAACGCGGCUGGCAAAGCCGGAGGUGACGCGGCUACGCCCCAUCGAAGGCGACCCCAGGCAGACCAGGGGAAGACGCCAAAGAGAAGACGGCCUGCCCCUCCUGCUGAUGCUGCUAGCACGUCUGCCAACCCCGCUGCCACCGCCACCGCCGCUGCUCCCACUACAGCUGCUGCCACUCCACUGAAGAAGGGCGGCAAGCAGACCACCAUCAUAGACUUGUUCAACUACAUGAGCAGCUGACCAGCUUAUAUACUCCUAUACUCUUAAUGCUCUUCGUGUGCCUCAACAAACGGUGCUUUUCUCCAUUUCUCUGACCCUGGAUCUUUCCUCUCUGACUGUCUCACGCAUGACCUUACCAGACUGAACUCGCUCAUGCUGCAAACUUUUAAACUAGGUUUUUUUUUCUUUUUUUCUUCUUUAAAUAAUCCAUUACUCACUGAAAUAGAAUGGGUGUUAUGGUUCCUGAACAUUUACUUGCUUUAGAAGAUUUGCCUACUAUAAGCAAAGGUUUCUUUUUUGUAGUUUUUUGUAGUUUUACAUCAGUAUAAAUAUGUUCUCAUGUACUCUGCAAUGAUUUAUUUUUGAUUACAAAACAAAAAUAUUAAAUGGAAGUAUAUAUCUAUAUAUCUUCAA